AUGCACCAUCCCCCGAGCGUCAGCGGCCAGUCGCACGCCCUGAUUCGCUCAUGUAGCUGGCUCCACCCAGCCUUUCAUCUUUCGUUGCUCUUUGUCCCCUUUCGCCAGGCCGUCCCCCUCUACCGCAUGGGCCCCAAAUGGCUCCUUCCCCUUAGCCUACCGAAAAAGAGUCGCCAUGGAGUUAUAUGGCUGUCGGUCGAGGCCUGGAAGCAGGUCUUCGCGCCCACUGCUCUGGCCUACCAUGCCCGUCCUCUUGCCCUUUCCCACCGACGCUUAGUGCGCGCCCCUUUGUGUCUCCCCUCUCACACUCCACUGCCUCUCAUCACUUUGCUUCCUCCCUCGUUUGCUCUACCGCCGCUGCCAAUUCGACGUUUUCGACGCUCUGCCGUUCCUUUCUUUUCCCUUGCAUCGUCGAAUCCCUUUCCCGACGUUUGA